AUGGGGGGGCCCCAAUGCGUCCUAAGGGUCCCGCACCGCCUGGGCCCGUGCGAGCUCCACCACGUCCGUAACCGGCGACAGCGCGGGCCGAAGGGCUUCUAUCGCCGGGCGCUGGCUGAGCGGACGGGCAGGACGGCGUACGCAAACGCCCUGGAGCAGGCGCUCGAGAGGUACGUGGGGCCGCCGGUCCAAGACGCCCAGUAUGGCGCGGGCGCUGACAGGGCCCUGCUGCUGUACCUCGACGGCGCGUACCGUAUUGAGAGCCACCCGACUGCGGCCCAAGCGCAGGGCUCGGAGGCACCGUAUACUGUGGCCGCUGUCCCGGCCCGCAGGAGCGAUGAACUGGGAAUUGUGUAUCAGUCAGUUCUGCAGGAGCUUGAGAGCAGGAAUAUAACUCUGCCCACUCCUCUCGACAGCCGAUCCCCAACCCCGGACUUCUUGCAGCAUCUGAGCAGUAGAGAAAUGCCCAAUUCGUCAGACAGCUCGACUUCAUCGCUGGGGGGCGGUUUUGAGCGUGGACUCGACUUCUGUCAACUGCUGACUGACCGGUCACCACCUCCUGCCCCGAGGACCCCUACAAUGCAGCAGUCGAAAGCGUUCACUGCAAGAACUGGCAACGGUGUGGCCAUGACGGUACAACGGAUAAAGGCCGAUGUCCAAAACCUGGGCUUGGCGAUGGCGAAGGUCACUGACACUGCCCAGGCCAUGAAGAAGGGAAAGGGAGGCAUCAAGAAGGAUGUUCUGGACCAAUUAAACAUGGCUUGGGUGGCGGCCGAGAAGUGCAACGUGUGGCUGGAAGACAUACAGGAGCUGCUUGCUCAAGAAAUUGAUCAAGAUGAGUUGGCAAUGCUCCUUGAUGUCAAUGAUGUGCUGAAUGCUGGCCUAGAGCGGUGGCAGGCCCUUGUCUCUCUGGGUGUGGGGGACAUGGGGUCGGCCGAUGAGGAGGAAGGGACACAGCUGCUGCAUGACAUUGGCCACAUGCCCUGGCACAGGGCAUCACCAUCGGGUUACUCAGACUACAGCGACUUUCAGAUGCGCCAGCUGAAGGAUCAGAAUGAGUCGCUCCUUCGAGGUGCAUCAGAGGCUGAGGCAGCCCAGCAGGCGGCAGUUGCUGAGGCACGGGCAGAAGCACAGAAGGAACUGCACUGUGUGAAGGGCAAGGCUGUGCGGCGCAUCAAGGAGCUCAUGACCCAGGUGGAAGAGCUGAACUGUGAUAACAAGGAGUUGCAGAGGGAGAAAGAGAUGCUGGCUUUGCAGUUGGAGUCCACAAAAGCUGAUCUGGAAAGGGACUUGAAGAAGAACGAUGAAACUCAACGGUUGCAAGAUGAGCUUAAUCAAGCACAGGCCAGCCUGGAAGCGAAUAUUUCGCAGUCAGCAAAGACUGAAGAGGAGCUGCAUGCAGAACGAAAACGACUGAGGAAUUUAGUGUCCGAGCUGGAGGCUCAGCUGGAGGAACGAGCAAGUGAACUGGAGUUGACCAAGGCAGAAGCCAAUGCGAAUGCUGCAAAGGCAAAUGCACAGAUUGAAAAGUUGACGAACAUGGUUGAGAAGCUGAAGGCCAACGAAGAACAGGUUGAGGAAUUUAAGCAGCGCGCGGAAGAGGCGGAGAAGACGAUGGUGACCCUGAAGCUGGAGCUUGGGCGUGAAAGCAUCUUGAGAAAGAAGGCACACAACCAAAUUCGGGAAAUGAAAGGCAAUGUCUGUGUGCUUGCACGUGUGAGACCCCCUGUGGUGGCUGGAAUGGAGUGCACACGAGAAGUUGCUCUUAAGAAAAGCGAUGCCUACACGCUGGAGCUCAAGGUUGAGAAAAAGGCUCGGAGGUCACUCAGCUUUGCACAAACGGAAUCUGUGACAAGCAAGUUUGAGUUUGACGGUGUCUUUGGACCAGAAGCGACCCAGGCUGAAGUUUACCACGAGACAUCGCAGCUCAUACAAUCUGCUUUCGAUGGCUACAACGUAUGCAUUUUCUGCUAUGGGCAGACGGGAUCCGGGAAAACCUACACAAUAUCUGGAGAGGAAGGACAGCCUGGAAUCAUUCCAAGGGCUAUUGAGGAAAUUUUUGUUCCACACGGCAACUCUCAAACAACAAUGGUCCGUGCAUCCAUGAUCGAGCUGUAUCAGGACUCUUUAUAUGACCUGUUCACUGGCUGUGAGACUCAAAAGCUGAGGAUCAAACUGGAUGCCAAGACAGGUCUGGUGAAUGUCGAGGGUGCAGCAACAAGGGAAGCCAAAGAUGCGAACGAACUGCUGGUGAUGUUCGAAGAAGGGCAGCGGAAGAGGAGGACAGCAGCCACCAAGCUGAACAUCCAAUCUUCCAGGUCGCACUUGAUCUUCCGCAUUGUGUUGGAGCGAACAAACGAAGUUGCUGGUAGUGUAGCGCGGGCAAACGUCAGUUUUGUGGAUUUGGCGGGAUCAGAGCGGGUGAUGAGAUCGGGUGCAGUGGACGACAGGCAUCGGAUGAAUGAGGCGAAGGCAAUUAACAAGAGCUUGUCGGCCCUUGGGGAUGUUGUAUCUGCGCUCACCACUGGGGAAUCCUUCAUUCCUUACCGUAACCACAAGUUGACAGAACUCAUGCGAGAUUCCCUUGGAGGGAAUGCAAAGACUCUGAUGAUCGUCAACGUGUCCCCACUGUGCGAGGAUGCUGGAGAAGCACGAAACAGCUUAGACUAUGCAACGCGAGUCAAGCAGGUGACGAACGAGGCUUCCAGGUCAUUCGAGACCCGCGAAAUUGCCCGCCUGAAGGCCAUUGUGGAGAGGCAGGCUGCAGAGAUCAAGGCCUUCAAGGCUCAGAAGAAGGAAAAGGAAAAAGAGAAGGAGAAGGAGAAGGCGUGA